AUGAAAAAUAAAACAUGUUUUGGUAUAAAUAUUAUCUCAUUAACAAUAACUAUAUUUGGUACAAUCAUAGCAUUGAUUGUAUUGAUAUGUAUUUUAUUACAAAGAAAAACUCUUUAUAAUAUUCAACUACUUCUUUGUGCAAAUAAUUAUUUAUUAUUAUUUAUUCUUGGCAUUUUAACACUUACAAUUAAUAUUCGAAUCUAUCAUGGUGAUUCAAAGGAAGUAAAUAAUGAAAAAGAAACAUUAUCUUGUCGUAUGAAUUCAUAUAUUUUCUAUGUAUUCAUGUCAGCUGUUUAUCUUGCAUUUAUUUUACAAGCUACUUUUCGUCUUUGUCGUUUGAUUUAUGUUUCUCGGCAAAAUCUUUUAAAUUUCCGUACAUAUUGGUUAAUUAUUCCAUUAUUUUGGUUAUUUUCUUUUUUAUUGAAUCUGCCCUUAUUAUUAUGGCAUGGUCAAGAAUUAAUUCCUGGUGAAAAUGCUUGUUUGGUACCAAAAGAUGAUCCUCGAAGCAUUUAUGGUUUACCGACUGCAAUCAUGUUACUAAUUUUAGCUUUUACUAAUGAACUUGUUAUUUGUUUCUAUCGUAUUCUUAUAUUAAGUGUAUCAGUAUGCGUUUUAACAUUGAGUUUAGCUUUAACUUAUAUAACACCGCAAAUUCAUCUUUGUCAUAAAAAACCAAGGGUUAUUCCAAUGAUUAAAGAUCAAAAAGAUAUUCCUCAAUAA